AUGGCAAGUCGCAUGUCGAGGUUAGAGGCGGAAAGAUUGGCUAUUCUUCAACUGUCUAUUAGUAGGGGUCGUUCAGCAUCUCCACUGGGAGACAAUAGUCGUAGUAGCAGUAUUAGUGGAGGUGAUGAUAAUAUGACUAAAGAACUUAAAUGGUCAAUCACCAAUCAUGACCCUCUGGAAAGAAUCAAGAAGACUAAAGCAGACAAUGAGAAUGAAAUUGAUGAUUCCAAAAUCUUAUGGGACAAUGAUGAAGUAUCUGAAGAGGAACAUUUAAGUGAUGAUGAUAACAAUGAAAAGUUUCAUUACAAUGAGGGUGGAGGAUCAAUUUUACCCAAUUAUUCUGCUUUAAAUGAUGAAACCAUUAAUGAAGUGCUGAUGAUUUUAGAAAGUCAAGAUUUAACUGAUGGUUCUAUUAUUAAAAGACUUGAAGCUUUAACAGCAUCUGAAAGAGCUUUGGCUAAUGCCAAAAAUAUUGGUACUACCAUCGAUAAGGAGCAACUUGACAAGUUACAAGAAGAUAAACAGAAAUUAACUGGUGAAGAAUUAGAUUUAUCUAAACUGGAUCAAGAUGCUGGUUCCCGUAAACAAAAGUUAGAAUCAUAUCAAAGUUAUAGAAAGAAAGUUCUUGAUGAAAAGAAUGACACUCAAAAGAAUCAUCAUCAUCAUCACCACCAAGCUGCAUCUUCCACUGCUUCCAAUGAUGAGAAUGACAGUUCCAAGGAAGAUGAACCCAAUAACGAUUUCAUGGUUCCUUACACUUCAGCUGUUGAAGAUAAAUUGGAUUCUGAAUUUGCAUCUCAGUUGAAUGAAUCCAUUAAGGAAGGAGAAUUGGAUUCCAAUAAAACUUAUUCAAGAGUAAUUCAGACUAUUACAAGAGGUAAUUUUUUUGAAUUGAUAAACCCCAAGGUUAAACCUAAAAUGUUUUUAGUUUGUAUGGAUUUUUCACCGGAAUCCAUAUUUGCCUUGGAAUGGUGUAUUGGGACUGUUUUAGUAGAUGGUUCAGUGUUGUUUAUUGUAUGUGUGAUUGAAGAAAGUGAUUCCAACCAUCAUCUAAAAACUUCAGCUAUUAAUGAAUCUCAAAGAGUCAAACAAAGAUUGGAAAUGUUGAAUAGAGCAAAGCAGCAGGCUUUAAAUCUUUUGAAAUUAACUAAAUUACAAGUCCAUGUGGUUAUUGAAAUUAUUCAUCAUCCAAUUCCUCGUCAUUUGAUUUUGGAAUUUAUAGAUAAUUUAAAACCUACUUUAGUCGUAGUGGGUUCAAAAGGUCAAUCUGCUAUUAAGGGAGUCUUGUUAGGUUCAUUGUCUAAUUAUUUGGUGACAAAAUCUUCCGUCCCAGUUAUGGUUGUUCGAGAGAAAUUAAAGAAGAUUAAUAAGUUUAAAAGUGGUUCUAGUGUAUUUGCCAAUAACAUUAGACCUUUAACUUUAUCUGAAGCAAGAAUCGAUUAA